UCCCCCGUCCAUCACCAUCACCCGCCUGCUCUCUGAGUCCUACACCGGGGCUUAAGGACGAUGAUUCGGCGGUCGAGGGUUGAUCUGAGUGUGGGGGUCACGUCGUGAACGAGUUGGAGGCGGACGAGGAGGAGCAGGAGGAGGUGUCUUUUUUGCGGGGCUGAGCGAGGUUUGGAAACGGGUGCAAAGAAGAGGGGUGAGUGGAGAGCACGUCACUCCGGCAAUUGGACGGAGCUCCUCACUCGGAGAGGCGUGCAGAGGACGAGACAGCGAGAGAGACAGAGGAGAAGGAGUGACUUCAGUCAGAAGGCGGCGGUGAUACAUGCGCAGCGUGUUUCCAAUGCUCAAGGCAAGAUAAAGAACUGCUCAUGCUUCAACUCUUUACCCCCACGUUGUCGGGAGCAAGAUGAGCCUGGGCACCAUAGGGCAGAGAAGAUGACGAGAGGGCAACAGCAGCAGAAGCAAUCACACUGAGCCACGGAUGCCUCCUCCUCCUCUCUCAACGAUGACCUCUGGUCCAUACGAGCGGCCGAGUGGAGCGGCUGAGGGCUCAAACUCACCGCCGGAGUCUCCCAAAGGUCUAACGCGAUGAUCCGUGACUGGAUCUUCUUAAUUUCACAUUCGCCUUCGCCUCCUCCUCUCGUUCACCAAAAUCGAGACGACGUGGACGACGACGACGCGGGAAAAGAGGAGGAGGAGGAAGAGGAGCGUUGAAGGCCACCAAUGAUGUCCGAGCUGCAUGGACACGAGAUCAAUGGGUCAGACUCCUCGUGGCCGGGGUUGGAGGCUCGUGGUGAGAUCGGCAGCAGCGGCAUCAUCAUCAACAGCAGCAACAGCAGCAGCAAUGACACCGCCACGAACGACUGGCAGCUGCCACACUCCACCACCACCAUGGUGACCCUCACCCUGAUCGUGAGCUUCAUCAUCCUGGUCACCAUCUUCGGCAACAGCCUGGUCGCCAUCGCCGUGUUCACCAGCAAGUCCCUCAAAGCCGCACAGAACCUCUUCCUGGUGUCGCUGGCGGCCGCCGACAUCCUGGUCGCCACGCUGGUGAUGCCCUUCUCGCUCGCCAACGAACUCAUGGGCUACUGGGUGUUCGGCAGCUUCUGGUGCGAGAUGUACCUGGCCCUCGACGUGCUCUUCUGCACCUCGUCCAUCGUCCAUCUGUGCGCCAUCAGUCUGGACCGCUACUGGAGCGUGACGCAGGCGGUGCGCUACAACAUGAAGCGCACGCCGCGUCGUGUCAAGCGCGCCAUCGUCAUCGUCUGGGUCAUCGCCGCCUUCAUCUCGUUCCCUCCUCUCGUGGGCACGGGCCGCCCCCCGGCGGAUGUCCACCGCCACCAGGGUGCCGGCCGCAACGCGAGCGGCUCGCCCUCCUCCUCCUCCGUGUUGCCCAUGUGCAAGCUGAACGAGGAGACCUGGUACGUGCUGUCCUCCUGCACCGCCUCCUUCUUCGCCCCGUGCCUCAUCAUGCUGCUCGUGUACGCGCGCAUCUACCAGGUGGCCAAGGGGCGCGCGAGACGCAGGAGUCGCGGGGGCAGCGAGAGGGAAGCGCCCUUGGCCGAGCUGCAGCAGCAGCAGCAGCAAGAGCAGCAGCUGCAGCAGCAGCAAGAGCAGCAUCUGCAGCAGCAGCAGAUGCAGCAUCUGCAGCAGCAGACGCAGCAGCAGACACAACAGUUGCAACCACAGCAACAGCAGCUGCAACAAAAUCCGAGUGCGUUCGAAUCGCAAGCGGAUGAAUUGCGCCCUCUUUUUCCUCCUCCACCUCCUCCUCCUCAACACCCUCCUCCUCCACCUCCUCAAACCCCUCCUACUCCUCCACUCUCGACGACCCUCGCCCCGUGCGCGCCACGGCAGAACGGGCAGUGUGUGCGCGACGCUGCUGGAGGAGAUGGCAGCUCGGCUCUGGAUGAGGACGUGUUGGUGGAAACCGCGGAGCAGACAACGCAUGACCUGCAGCAGCAGCAGGAGGAGGAGGGGGAGGAGGAGGAUGAGACUGGAACCCUUCGCGCAACGCGCGUCUCCGUGAUGGACGUCGUCAGUAGCAAUGGCAGGCAGUCGCACCUUUUCGCCGCGAGGCAAGGAGGGUUUAUUGGCCACGAGACGACAAUGUCAAACGGAAAGCACCUCGUCGAGGGUGGUGGUGGUGGUGGCGGAGAUGUUGUGAUGAUGCAGGAGGAGCAGGCGGCAGCGGUGGCGGUGGUGAUGAUGGAUGAGAAGAGGGAUGAGAAGAGGGAUGAGAAGAGGGAAAUGACGGAGCGAGGGGAGCGCAGCGGCCCCUCCCGGCCGUGGUCUUCACGAACCGUGGUGGUGGCGGCGGCGGCGGUGGAGGUGGAGGAUGAGGAGAGAGACGCCGAGACGGAGGCGGGAGACGACUACGACGACGAUGAUCCCAGGCCGCAGGGGAGCCUCUCGCUCAGGUGUGACGAGGAGGGACGACGAGGAGGAGGAGGCUCCAGCAAGCUGGGCCUCUGCAGCACCAAGAUGGCCAGACGCAAGCUCACGGCGGCUCGUGAGAAGCGCUUCACGUUCGUGCUGGCCGUGGUGAUGGGAGUGUUCGUGGCCUGCUGGUUCCCGUUCUUCUUCUCCUACAGCCUCACCAAGAUCUGCGAGGCGUCGUGCAAACCUCCCGAGUACCUCUUCAAGUUCUUCUUCUGGUGCGGCUACUGCAACAGCUCGUUGAACCCGCUCAUCUACACGGUCUUCAACCAGGACUUUCGACGAGCCUUUAAGAACAUCCUCUGUCGAAGGCGCCCACGGAUGCGCUGAUGCGUCUAACAAUGACAAUGGCCACGAUUGUGAUAAUGAUGAUGAUUUGCAUCGCAUUUGUUGAUGCAUUGCUCGAUGAAAGUCCCACCACGUCAUGCUGUUCAUGGGGUGGGUGGAGUUGGUGAUGGAGGGGGGGGGGGGUCCUUGACCAUACUUCACCAAGCUGGUCAGUGAAAGGUUGCGAGUGCGAGCCGUGUUGUGCUCAAGACAGCUUUUCAAAGAUGUCUCACUCGCCACUGAUGUUAGCCCGUGGCCAGGGAAUUCGACCGCACUUCAGGAGCCGGGGCUCAUGGCGCAGUGGCACAAACCGCUGCGCAACCGCUCCCCGUUUUGAUAGACCGCGUUGGUAAUGUUACUGUAACGAAACAACAACACCGUGAACGCGAACGAAAAAAUGCGAAACUCCAUAAACACAGCGAGGUACGGAGGUCUUUUUGAUUUUCACGCGACAAUUCUGCACCUCACGGAAGGAGGGGAGUGGGAGAUGAUCAAGCCGAGGUUACUCUCAGACGGACGAUGCCAUUGUUGGGCAGUUUUUACAACAACAAAAAAGGAAAAUUGACCCAACAACAACAUCUAUGACGGGGAGAAAAAAAAGGAAUGCCCCUACAGUAUAUAUUUUUGUUGGUACGAUUGUCAGCUGACAGCGGUUAUGUGCGGUGGUAUCGUGCUCUCGGUGCUAGUGGCAUCCGAGUCUUCGUGUGAGAAGGCAAUUCUGUUUGCCCUGUUCACUGACAAGCCACAACUAGCGGUGCGACUGUGACCUUGCAACCCAAACUGUGGACCGUGGAGUUAAACCGCUGUUGUUUGCGCUCCUUCGACGGGGAGGAGGAACGGCGACACGACACGAACUCUCGGCUGAAGCCCUCUCGUCGUGGCUAGCAGACCUCCACAUUGAUAUUUACCUCCCGAACACAUCGCUGCCCUAAGCGAGAGGAGACAAGAUCAUUGGUUCGUGGCUGUAAGGGGUUUAUCACCCCCUCCCUCUCUAUCCCAGAUUCGCAAACCUCAGAAUCAUAAUUCAGACUGGAGGAAUCCGAUGAGCUAUGAAGCUCUUUUCCACAGAUGUCCAGUAUGGACGGGCGAGUCAGCCUCAAGAGAACUAAAUCUGACUCGGGGUCAAGCAGGGCCAAGGGUGGAGCUAUUUCAACACCUCGAGACAGAAGGGUAUUAACAAGCCAUUUGAUUUAACUGUGAAAGUAUGUAUUGAUAUUAACGCAAAGGUAUUAUGUUAAAACGUACAUCUACAGCACAAUAGCACGUGCAUUUAGGUGCAGUAUUAACAGGCUUAGUCGAGAGACGGUGUAGCCAAGGUGGUACUGAAAACAAACCCAAGUGUGAGUGAGAUAUUCAAAGUCGCAUCUCAUGCGUGCUUGGUUCAAGCCAAACCACCUCAUUGUCCUGUCCGCUCAGCUACAGCUCCUCCACCAGCUAUUAUGAACCCCCGCCACCCUGAGCCACCCGGCCACUCUCCACCCUCUCGUAUUUAAGAGAGAUGCAGUAGACCGCAUCCACCCAUGCGGAGAGUUUUUCGUUCACAUUUGAGGCAAGAUGAAAAUGUAGGGGGCAGAUUUCACAAGGUCACGCAGUGGCCUCCUCUUUGCCAACAAUGUCGUGGGCUCUUUGAUAACUCUGCUUUUGCUUUCUUGACCCUCACAUAGCCAGAAGCCACCGAGAGCUGUUUGUGGGGUUGUUGCUCCUCUUCUUCUGGUGUUAACGGAUUUAUUUUCUCCAAACACCGCACGUUCCCUGUGGUUAUAGGGGCAGCAUUGUUAUCGUGACUGUGGGCCUCCUCCCUGCCGCGUGCUCCUCCCUCCUUGCAAUGUGGUUCAAAGCAUCGCUCGCGUAAUCACCGCAUGGUCUAUUGGUUCAUAAGUGCACAAUA